CGUCGUCAUAUUUUUUUGAAUGGGUCAGCGGAUCGUUGGUUGAUGCAAGUUGUCGAUGUGCCGAUCAUGACGGAGUGGUACCAAAACGAAAUCUUGCGUCUGUUCACGUUAAACAAUGUCGAGGAGAAGAAAAACGUUCUUACGAAUUUUAAAGCCAAAUUCGGCACCUUGGACAAUAAUGAAGCGGAGCAGAUCGCCCGUGGCAUGCAGUAUGAACUGAUAUAUCCGCUGCUAACCUCGAAUGACGAAGAAGUAAUAGAGCAAAUAUGCGAUAUUCUGACCAUCUUGUUCAGCAUAUUGGAACCUGGAGAACUUUAUGACAGAUAUCCAGUGGAAUCGGCUACUUUAAUAACCAAUGAAGAUGCUAAUGUGAGACUGCUUCUGCUACGUGAAUUUAUGCGUAUAGCUUUGCACCCAGAAAAGAUAUUUUAUUUCUGCAAGGACACUACUCUUUUGAUUUCGAUUGUAAACAGAAUCGGUGAUAAUAACUUGAAUGUUGCUCAAUGUGCUAUGAGUAUAAUCAAAAAAGUUGGUGAAAAUCCGAAUAUCUUACGCAUAUUGUAUAAGGGCAUGCUUCUGAGAACGUUUGCCAAGCUACUUCAGGAUGAUACUGUUAGCUUUCGCAUUUACGAAGUAAUUGUACAUAUAGCCAGUACAUCUCAGGAUGGUUUGGAAGUAUCAGCUGAAUCAGGCUUUCUGAACAGUUUGAUCAAUUUACUAGAAAACGAAGAUAUAUUGCUUCAAUUGAAUGCCUUGGAGAUGUUAACUCAACUAGCUGUAUCUAAGAAUGGUCUGAAUUAUCUGGAGCAACAAGAGGUAAUAAGCAAGCUAGUUCAAAGAAUAGCACAAGUCGACGAGAAUCCUUUGUCAAAUCUUCUGAUCCCCGGAUUGAUGAAGUUUUUUGGUAAAAUUGCAUAUCACUGGCAUAACGAGUUACUUUCCAAAUAUCCUGUGGUAGUCUCCACACUUUUCAAUGUGAUAGAUAGUGAGGAUCAAACUAUUCUGGCACCUGCAUUGGACACUCUUGGAUAUGUAUGUGCAAACGUUGAGGGCAAGUAUGCAUUACAAGCUCUGGGAAACGCGAUGCCCAGUGUUCUCAAGAAGAUCGCUGAAAUAAUAAAGGGAAUGCCCACUGAUCUGAGAAUUCGCGCCUUGAACAGCCUCGCCCUUAUACUCAAAGUCAACAAGGACGAGCAAGACAAUAAAAUUUUAUUCCUGACGAAACAAUGGUUUAAUUCGCUGUGUGAUGAUCCGUUGGGUAUGAUUGUAGCGAUAUGUAGACAACCGUUUGCCGAUAUCAGACGGGCUGGUUUAGAGGUGCUGGCGGUUAUUAGUUCUCAAGUAUGGGGACAAAUAUACAUCUCCACGUAUCCUGGUCUAGUGGAAUUCCUGUUAGAUAGAAAUAUCGAAGCAUUUAAGGAAUGUAAGGAUGUUAAAUAUGAAAUUGUAGAAUGUUUAUCUCAAGCAGAGCGAAAUAUAUUCGACGCGGACACUAUGCAAAAAUUUAAGCAAUUUGUUAAGGAAGGUCCAUUCUUUGUCGAUGUUAAUACGGAAGUCGCAAUAGAGAGUGCUUUGUAAGUGAUAGAAAAAAUAAUUUCUCACAUUAAUAUUUAAUGUUAAGAUUAAUACGAUAAUAUAAUACUUUUAUAAAAAAUUAGAUUAAUAUUCAUCUGUAAAAAGGGCAUUGAUUUCUGUAAAAAGAGAAGAUGAAUUUUAUCAAUUUUAAUAUUAUAAUUUUAGUACAAAUAAACCAACCUUGAAGUUCAAA